AGAUUGUUUCAGUUGGGCUCUUCAGGGAUUUGUGAAAAGGCUAUGAUCAUCACUUGGCAAUAGGUAUCCAUCUCCUUUUGGCGUAGCCAGUUAAUGUGCAAGGAAGACAUUGUGUGACCUAAGGCUCUUUUUUGGUUCAGAACCGAGGUGUUUUUGCCGUGAUCAGUGUUGAAGGCAGGUCAACAUGCUUGAGGCUGCGAGAACGAGGAUCAUGGAGGUCUACGACUCCCUGUUGGAAGGCGCAGACCCCAGAGUGGCGGUAUACCCUCUGAUGGGGAGUCCUGUGAAUAUGACGGCCAUCUUGAUCGCCUACCUCGCGUUCGUGCUGUACAUCGGGCCACGCUACAUGGCUAACCGGAAACCUUACCAGCUCAAGGAGGUCAUGAUCAUAUACAACUUCUCCUUGGUGGCCCUGUCCAUAUACAUAGUUUAUGAGUUCUUGAUGUCUGGCUGGGCGACCACAUACACCUGGAGAUGUGACCCGGUUGACUACUCCAACAGCCCUCAGGGACAGCGCAUGGUCCAAGUUGCCUGGUUGUUUCUUUUCUCCAAGUUUAUUGAACUGCUGGACACGGUGUUCUUCGUGCUGCGCAAGAAACACGGCCAGAUCACCUUCCUGCACAUCUUCCAUCACUCCAUCAUGCCCUGGAGCUGGUGGUGGGGAGUCAGCCAUGCCCCUGGUGGAAUGGGUUCCUUCCAUGCCAUGGUGAACUCCUUGGUGCACGUCAUCAUGUACUUCUACUAUGGCCUGUCCGCUGCUGGACCGCGCUUCCAGAAGUUCCUCUGGUGGAAGAAGUACAUGACUGCCAUUCAGCUGGUCCAGUUUGUGCUGGUGUCUCUGCAUGCCACCCAGUAUUACUUCAUGAAGACCUGUGACUACCAGGUACCCAUCAUCCUCCACCUCAUCUGGGUGUAUGGCACCUUCUUCUUCGUGCUCUUCUCCAACUUCUGGUACCAGGCUUACACCAAGGGCAAGAGGCUGCCCAAGAACGUCCAGGAACUGAAUGGCAAGGUCAAGGGUGCCAGCUCCAAUGGUCACGCAGUCUCCAACGGUAGCCACAAACAUCUGGAGAAUGGCACCAAAGGCACAAUCCAUCAGGAGAACGGCCGCGCCCAUCAGGAGAAUGGCAGUACCCACAGCAGCAAGAUGAAGAAGGCCUAGAGCCCCACACAGGAAAGAACACCCCAAAACGCAUGAAAAUGAGAGCCUGUACAACCAGCCAUGGAUUCCAAAGAAAUGUUUUGGUCGUGUCUCUUUUCUAAACUAGUUGAUUUUUUCCGUUUAUUUGUUUUUAAUGUGCACAGAAAAAAAAACAUGGGGAGAUGAGUAUGAGCCACCUGUUUUUUUGUUGUAUAUUUUUGUGUUUCUAUUGGUAAUCUAAUUAUCAUUUAAUUUGGCAAGGUUAAAUAUGGAGCACAACAAAUGAAGAGAUACUGGGUUUGUAUGUUCACUGAAGUUGCCCCAUGGCCUACCUGUUAAUUUGUCAACAGUCAGUCCUGUUAUUUUCACAGCCCCUCCAGAGUCCCGCCCCCGCUCAGUUCUCCCCUUUGACAUGUCCCGUUAAGGGACCAACUACACUGUACAGUCAGACAAACUUGAAGACAUCCUGUAAAUAGUUUUACUUUUCAUGACUAAUGGAGAUUCAUAUGGUCAAGUCCUGCAGAAUUUUGUUACCGUAUCUAUGCUAAAUUAAGUAUGAAUAAAGUUCGUUUUAAAAUA